AUGCGAGGGCGUGGAUGGCCGCGGGGCAGCGAGCCAGGGGCGGGCACGGCUGGGGCAGGGCACGGCGCUCCUCCCCGGGCGGCUGCGGGCACGGGCGGAUCCGCGGGUGCUGCUGUGUGGGGCCGGGGCCGCGGCACCUCGGCGGGCUCCUUCCCUCCUCCCCUGCCUCUCUCGGCCUGCGGGAGGGCAGCGGGCGGCCUGGAGCCAGGAGCAGAGCCCUUCCAAGGGGAGCCCAGUGACACCAGGGGCCAUGGGCACCUACGGGGCACAGUGGGAACUCUGGAUGAACACCGGGAACCCCUGUCCCCCGUGAGGCUGACAGAGCACAGGCACAGCUUGCCCGGAUCCCAUAUAACCAUGGUGCCUAUAUACUCCUUGAUGGGACCUUUCAGAAGACACAUGAGUCUCAAAAGUAGCCCUUUUUCUCCUGGACCUUCCUACAAGCUCUCCAAUCAGCACAUCAUUCAAGACCACAUGGCUGCUCAUUUCAAGAAGUUGAUGUCUGCUGAAGCUGCUGUUGAUUCAUCUGCACCAAAGUGUUUGCAUACCAGUGUUAAAUACAAGGACCAGCAGAAAAGAGACAGAAUAAUUCAAACCCUUGAUAAAUACAAGAAGGAUCUUGUACGUGGUCUUCCUGCCUCACCAGUCAAGUGCAGAAGUAUUUCUCCAAACCAGCAGAAGAUCAAUUGGGCACUGUUGGAAAAUGGUCACCCACUGUCUGGUCAGAGCAACUAUCCCAGGACAAAGAGAGAGCAACCCCUCUCUGUAUCAGGCAGAAGUUCACUUAAAGGACUCCGAGGCUGGGUCCUGCUGCAAGAAAGGCUGUCCCAAAUACUGCUCUGUGUGCUUUGUCUCCAACCAACAUCAGUUCACAGUCCUAGUGCCCACAGAUCAUCUGCUUCACCCCUCCUGCAGCCUCACAUGCCUUUGGGCAGUCACAACAGGAAGAAGGCAUUUCAGAACUCUGUUCAUAAAAUCUACUCUGGGGACUUCCUUGACAAACAUGCAAUUUACUUUGCAGAAAAGAAGCAGUGUUUUACCUCUCAGAUCUUGAAGACAUCACAUCGACCUUUUCUUGUAAAAUAUAAGUAUUAUAAUCCUCCUUCCAGAAAAAGGAGCUCCUCCCCAGGCAGACCAUCAAUUAAAUCAGCAGGCAUCAACAGCAAAGAGAGAGAAGGCUUACACAGGUGCUGACAUCAAUGCAAAAAGUUACACAAUUUUUUUUCAAACACAUUAUUUGAAUCAUAGCUGUUUGUCACUGUGCUUUUAAUCUUUCAGAUUUUUAGAGGAUGAACAUAUGAGACCACAUUCUGCUAACUUUUCUCAGCAGCCAGUUGAGGUUAGUGUAUCCAGUGAGUUACAAAGAAAAAAGGGCAGAAAACACUACUCAUGUACAAAAGUUGUACUGGUUAUGUGAAAAUUAAACGGAUAAUGGAGUCAGUGGCUUUGGGGAAUCUUUGUUAAGAGCAAAACCAAAAUACUCAACUACCUUAAGAGAAAUGACUAAGGUUGUAACUGAGAAAUCCAGCAUGCAGGGCUAGAAGGGGUCAACAGGGAUCUGUGAAUAAAACAGGAGCAGCUAAAGUCUUUGAGAAACACAAAUGAGGCACUGUGAUGUGGAAAACAGUGUAUCCCAACACAAAUCUGCUCUUCUGAGGGCAGAGUUCUUUCCUACUUGACUGAACUCUUGCUUUUUGGUUGGUUUACAGCCUUUCAUUCCAUCCAAAUAAUAACUUGGAGCCCAGAAAUGUCCAGACAAAGUGCUAUUCUCUCUGACUAUGGUCACAUGUCAUGCAAGAUUUUGUCUGUAAGUUGCACUCCAUUAGUCAUCUGGAUUUUCAAGAUGAAUGGUGAAUUGAUUUAGGAAAUUUUAGUGCACUUAAAAAUAAGGGUUGCUUAACAAUAGCCAAAGCCAUGCACGAUAGAGGAGUUUUGUAUAAUUCCUUGUCCCACGUGCCUCUUUACAGAAGCCAUUCUGAAUUUCUACACAGCCAAGGAACCACAGGCAUGAUAUGUGAUAGCUUUGUGCUUGAUAGUGCUAUUUCAGUCCUUAUUUCAACCACCAAACCUUCAUUUAACAAUGUUAACUGGAGUAGCUCCUACUUUCAUUUGAUGACCUGAUCUGAUUUUCUAAGUCCUCUUUCAAAAACACAAAUGUAUUUUGCAUGUCCUUCUAAAUAAAAUGUUGUUGUAUUUGUAUGGAAUCUGUAAAGAUUUUCAAUUUUGACAGAAAUUCUGAUUUUCUUUAUAUUUGCUUCCUUUCUCUUGGGUUAUACAAGCUGAUUUCCAUUUCUGUUACCAUGAACCUACCCAAUAAUAAUACUUGUUCAUUAUUUACAUGAGUAAUUGACACCCAAGACGUUUAUUUCACAUGAGCUGGAAUGUGAUAUAGUUGUGAUUUUGAUAUGUUGUGGUAUCAGAUUAUUUCCCCUGGUACUCUGAAUGGAAAUAAAUAAUGAGAAUACAAAGAUAAUUAAAUCA